AUGCAGUCCAAGGGUCGGCUCAGGGAGCACAGCGGGGAGGAUGGCCGGGUAUCUGCAGCCGGAGGACGUGCUGGAGGAGCCGGAGGGGAAGAAGCCUCGGGACCUAAGGAGUGUGCUGGUGACCAGUGUGCUCAACCUGGAGCCGCUCGACAAGGACCUGUUCAGAGGCUCCCAUCACUGGGUACCCGUCACCAAGAGACUGUUUGGUGGACAGAUCGUUGGACAAGCUCUGGUGGCAGCUGCCAGCUCUGUACCUGAGGAGGAAAACGUCCACUCCUUACACUGCUACUUCGUACGAGCAGGGGACCCCGAUAUUCCAGUGUUGUACCAAGUGGAGAGGACAAGAGAUGGCCGAAGUUUCAGUGUUCGUUCUGUAAAAGCCGUGCAGGGUGGCGUCCCCAUCUUGACCUGUCAGGCUUCUUUUCAUCGCAACCAGGAGAGCCCUUUGAAGCACCAGUUCACGAUGCCAACAGUUCCCUUCCCAGAGGACCUGCUCACUCGAGAGGAACUCAUACACAAAUACUUAAAGAAUCCUAAACUGGUGGAAAGACAUAGACAAGGCCUAACUAAAAUCCUGGCACAGGAUGUUCCAAUUGAGAUCAAACCUGUAAAUCCACCCGACAUGUAUCAACGGGUGCCACAGGAGCCACGACAGAUGUUCUGGGUACGAGCCAAGGGUAUUAUAGGUCCUGGAGACAUGAAGCUGCACUGCUGUGUAGCUGCUUAUAUUUCAGAUUAUUCUUUCCUGGGAACAGCUGCCCUGCCUCACCUUAAUCUUCGAAUGGCAUUUAUGGCUUCACUUGACCAUUCUAUGUGGUUCCAUGCUCCAUUCAGAGCGGAUGACUGGAUGCUGUACGAGUGUGAAAGCCACUGGGCUGGUAACAGUCGUGGGCUAGUUCAUGGCCGCUUAUGGAGAAGAGAUGGUGUCCUGGCUGUCACAUGUGCCCAGGAAGGCGUAUUCCAUGUGCGUGAGGAUCCGCCAAAAAGCAAGCUUUGA